CCCUUUCCGCGGGCGUUGUCCAACACCGGCGAAGUGUCAGCGAUUUUUUAUCGGAGUUGGUUUUUUUGUUUUUAUUUAUUUUUGGCAUGGACUCGGCGGAAUCUCCCACCAAAACGCAGGCCGGCGAGGAUGAGAACUACAGUCUUCUGUGCCAGGCGCACGAGGAGUUCAACAACUCGGAGUUCGACCGCUGCCUGGAGCUGCUGCAAGAGCUGGAGACGCGCGGCGAGAGCAGUGGUCCCAUCCUGCGGCACAACCGGGCGGUGGUUAGCUACCACAAGACCGGUUGCACCCAGCACUCCGUCCUACUAAAGGAACUGGAGGCCCUUACCGUCGAUGCGGAUGCUCCGGGAGAGGCGUCCGGCGGACUGAGCCUCAAGCAGGGAGCCGCUGCUGCAACGGUCGCCCGCUAUAACCGGGCGGUCAUCUAUUACCACCGUCACAUGUUCGGCACGGCACUAGAAAAGCUGGCGCCUCUUGUGGCCCGCCUAGAGGCACUGGAGAAGUCCAUGGCGGCGCUGGUGGCUGCGUUGCAACUCCAACUACUUUUGGCCACCAACCAGCUCAACCGUGCCGAGGCCUUUCUGGAUUAUUUGCAGUACAAACUCAAUUUGGUGGCCACUGCGCCCAGCAGCAAUCCCAACGAGGAUCCAGCUGCUGCGGCCACAGCUUCUCCGCCGACUCCAACGUCCAAUUUGGUGGUGACCUCGCCUGGCGGAGCAACUGUAGAGGGAACGGUGUCCGGGCUGGGCGGAAGUCUUCAGCUUUUGCAGCUAAUUACACUCGUUCUUAAUCGAAAGCCGGUGGUCAUCCAAGAAGAUGGAACGCCAGAGUAUGCUGCGCUUAAGGCGCAGCAGUACUACAUUAUGAAGGACUUCCAGAUGGCCGCCAAGCAGCUGAUGCGCAUCAACAACGAGUGCACCAAUGCUGGCACUGUGACUCCCCAGCUGAGCACUUGCAUCGCCAACAACAUGGGCGUGAUCCACUUAAGAGUGCGCCACUAUGCCAUCGCUGCCCAGUUCUUCCAGAACGCGCUCAACUUUGACCAGCAGCUGGCACGGAAUCUGCGCCAGAGCUCUCUGCAAACUAUGAGUUCUGCACACUCCUGCGAGAUUCUCUACAACCUGGGCGUGGCCAUGCUGCAUCUGCGCCGUCCCAAGGAGGCCUUUCAGUGCUUUCUGGUACCCGUCAAACAGUUCCACAGCAAUCCGCGUCUCUGGCUACGAAUGUCCGAGGCCUGCAUUAUGGAACAUGAGGCGAAACUGGUGGAAGAGGAACGUCAAUCGAAGUCGGAAACUGGCACCAGUUCCUCAUCAAAGCCAUAUGCUCCCCAGUCCGCUGGAGUGCCAGAACCCACACUGGAGUUUGCCGCCCUAUGCCUACGCAGUGCUUUGACCCUCACACAGCACUACAAGACCAGGUUUCACAUGGUGGCGGUCUCUUCAGAAGAUGUGGAGGCACCCGAACCAAAGGAUCCAACUCAGGAGUCUUGGCGACAUCCGCAAGACAAUAACUUUUGCAAUCCCUCCAAGCCAGUCAGUCUGGAGUCGUUGGAGAACAUGCAGGCCUCUAUUUAUGCGGCGCACAGCUUCGUCUCACUGCGACUGGGCGACCACGUGACCGCUCUGGAAAUGGCGGAGCAGCUGUUGGCCUGCGAACGUCUCUCCGAUGCACACAAAUUGCUGGGUCACAUGUACGCUGGCGAAGCGCUGAUGCUGAUGGACAAGGCAGCCGAAGCACGCGAUCAUUUAGAUCCUACUUCUGUGGGCACACUAAACGCAUUCGAUUUUGAGACGCGUGAUUGGCAACUGAAGUCGGUUGACGCGGCCCAGAACGUGGUGCGUUACAAUCUGGCCGUGGCCAUGGUCCUCCAAAAUGACCUGACACAAGCAAAGUCACUUCUGGCCAACUUAAACCACUCGCUGGUCAGCGGCAAGGCGAAGGCUUUGCGGCGCUUCAUAGACCUUAAGAUCAGCCCCGUUCCUGGCGGGACGCCCAGUUAGAUAACAAAUUUUGUAAAUAAUUAGACGGAAUGGAAAUACGAGAAUAAAAAAAAGCGAAGUGUAAAUACAGACAAGUCCUUGAUCGACGUAGAAGCCGA